GAGCCGGGCCCGGGGCCGAGCCGCCGCCGCGCGCGGACAACCUGACACACGGAGCUGUAAGUACUGAUGUGUUAGGGUGCAUCGCUCCCUGUCCCUUGCCGCACAGAGUCUCAAAAUGAGUGUCCAGGAACAGGGCUUCCCCUUGGACCUCGGCACAAGCUUUACCGAAGACGCCCCCCGGCCUCCGGUGCCUGGUGAGGAGGGAGAGCUGGUGUCCACAGACCCAAGGCCUGGCAGCCACGGCUUCUGCUCCGGGAAAGGUGCUGGUGUUAGAGGGGAGACCUCGACGGCCACCCCAAGGCGCUCGGACCUGGACUUGGGGUAUGAGCCCGAGGGCAGCGCAUCCCCCACCCCACCAUACCUGAAGUGGGCUGAGUCCCUGCACUCGCUGCUCGAUGACCAGGAUGGGAUCAGCCUGUUCCGGACUUUCCUUAGGCGUGAGGGCUGUGCCGACCUGCUGGACUUCUGGUUCGCCUGCAGCGGCUUCAGGAAACUGGAGCCCUGUGAUGCAAACGAAGAGAAGAGGCUGAAGCUAGCCAGGGCCAUCUACCGCAGGUACAUCCUGGACACCAGUGGUGUCGUGUCCCGGCAAACUAAGCCGGCCACCAAGAGCUUCAUAAAAGACUGCAUCAUGAAGCAGCAGAUCGACCCUGCCACGUUUGAUCAAGCCCAGACCGAAAUCCAGUCCACCAUGGAGGAGAACACCUAUCCUUCGUUCCUCAAGUCUGACAUCUACCUGGAGUACACGCGGACAGGCUCGGAGAGCCCGAAGGCUUGCAGUGAGCAGAGCUCGGGGUCAGGGGCAGGCAAGGGCGUCUCUGGGUACCUGCCCACCCUGAAUGAAGACGAGGAGUGGCAGUGUGAGCACGGCACUGAGGCGGAGGCUGGGGACCCCGCUCCUGCCAGCAGGCUCACCCAGAAGCUGCUGCUGGAGACAGCGGCCCCCCGGGCUGCCUCCGGUCGGCGCUACAGCGAAGGCCGCGAGUUCAGAUAUGGGUCCUGGCGGGAGCCUGUCAAUCCCUACUACGUCAACUCCGGCUAUGCUGUGGCCCCUGUCACCAGCGCCAAUGACAGCGAGCAGCAGAGCCUGUCCAGCGAUGCUGACACCCUUUCCCUCACAGACAGCAGCGUGGAUGGAAUCCCGCCUUACAGGACGCGCAAGCAACACCGCCGAGAGGUGCAGGAGAACGUGCAGGUCAACGGGCGGGUGCCCCUACCUCACAUCCCUCGCACCUACCGCAUGCCAAAGGAGAUCCGUGUGGAGCCUCACAAGUUUGCCCAGGAGCUCAUCCACCGCCUGGAGGCCGUGCAGCGCACGCGGGAGGCUGAGGAGAAGCUGGAGGAGCGGCUGAAGCGCGUCCGCAUGGAAGAGGAAGGUGACGACGGCGACCUGCCCCCCGGGGGGAAUCACAAGCUGCCUCCUGGCUCUGCCUGGCACCACUUCCCGGCCCGCUGUGUGGACCUGGGUUGCACCGGGCUACGGGAUGCCCACGAGGAGAACCCUGAGAGCAUCCUGGAUGAGCACGUUCAGCGGGUCAUGCGGACGCCCGGCUGCCAAUCCCCAGGGCCCGGCCACCGCUCCCCUGACAGCGGGCAUGUGGCCAAGGUAUCGGCUGUGCUGGGCGCCGUCUCGGGGCAUGGGAAGCACAUGCCCAAGUCAGCUGCAAAGCUGGACGUGGCCGGCAUGCAUCACCACAGGCACAGCCACCACCACGGCCACCACAGCACAGCCAGGCCUAAGGAGCAGGUGGAAGCCGAGGCUGCCCGCAGGGGCCAGGGCGGCUUCGCGUGGGGCCCAGAACCACACAGCCACACAGCCAAGCCCCGCAGCCACUCGGAGAGCAUGGGUGCUGUCCCCAAUGCCAGCGAAAGCCUGGCCUACAGUGGUAAAGCCGGUGUGUCCUCAAGAAGAAGUGCUAAGAAGGCAGAGUCCAACAAGGGUGCCAGUGCUGAGGUGCCAGGUACCUCGGAGGACACAGAGAGGAACCAGAAGAUCAUGCAGUGGCUCAUUGAGGGGGAGAAGGAGAUCAGCAGGCAUCGGAAGGCCGGCCACGGGUCUUCUGGGCUGCGGAAGCAGCAGGCUCAUGAGAGUUCCAGGCCCUUGUCCAUUGAGCGCCCAGGGGCUGUGCACCCCUGGGUCAGUGCUCAGCUCCGGAACUCGGUCCAGCCUUCUCACCUCUUCGUCCAAGACCCCACUAUGCCACCCAACCCGGCCCCCAACCCCUUGACGCAGCUGGAGGAGGCCCGCAGGCGCCUGGAGGAGGAAGAGAAGAGAGCCAACAAGCUGCCCUCCAAGCAGAGGUAUGUGCAGGAGGUUAUGCGGCGCGGACGCACCUGUGUCAGGCCAGCGUGCACGCCCGUGCUGAGCGUGGUGCCAGCCGUGUCGGACCUGGAGCUCUCCGAGACCGAGACGAAGUCCCAGAGGAGGGGGGCCAGCGGGAGCAGCCAGCCGUGCGACAGCAUCGUCGUGGCCUAUUACUUCUGCGGUGAGCCCAUCCCCUACCGCACGCUGGUGCGUGGCCGCGCCGUCACCCUGGGCCAGUUCAAGGAGCUGCUGACCAAGAAAGGCAGCUACAGAUACUACUUCAAGAAGGUGAGUGACGAGUUUGAUUGUGGCGUGGUGUUUGAGGAAGUGCGGGAGGACGAGGCCGUGCUGCCCGUGUACGAGGAAAAGAUCAUCGGCAAGGUGGAGAAGGUGGACUGACCGGCGGGCCCGGCGCCGCCACCCACCACUGCCCAUAGCAAUACUCGGAGAAUGGCCCAGCAGGGCAGCUGCUAGUGGUGGGGCUGGUCCACCUUCUCCCAGGAGGGCCCGCGGGGUGUCCUGUGCCCCUCUGGAUUGUAUGUCACGAGUGCCUUCUCAGCGUCCCGCGUGCCUGUGGGGCGUGACGCCAUCCCUGCCCGUCCCAGCUGGCGGCCCUAAGGACCCCUGGGACACCUGUAAAUAUGUACAUUUCUGAGUAGGGCCCUUUUUCACGCCAUGACUUGUACAAUUUGUCUUUUCAAAGGUACUUGGAUAACAAUGAAAUAAACAUUUUUGAACCUGC